AAUUUUUGUUUGUUGUUGUUUUUACGUGAAUUUCAAUUUGAGAAAACUUGUAAAACAUUAAAAUUUAUUACAAAUACGAACCAGUUACUUACGCUAUGCAUACUUAAGAAGCCCUAAACCUUCCUUCAGUCUUGGUUAUCCAAAAAUGACCUCCACUAGCCCAUUAGACGAGAAUUUGGAGGAAUUGAACAACGUCCCCUACGAUAAUUUCGGAAGCAACCAGCCAGAAUUCGAUUUAAAUGCUGGAGAGAACGUCGUGGCUAGUGCCAUAGACUACGGAGACGUGAACGAGGAUGACUCUAAUGCUGAGAGCGGCUCUGAGGGGGCUCCCACGGAAGAUACAGACGAGGAAUCUGAAAAUGAGACGAUUGAUGCAGAAGCUUUACCUGACGAAAUUCCUAUUGACAUUCCAGCUCCAGUUGACACCAAACCCCCAGCUCCGGAGAGCUGGCCGACCCUCGAGAUACUUCCAGGCGGAGUCAUCAAACCAACAAAGGAAGAGGAUCUCUCCGAACCAGAGAACGAAGAACCGAUUGAAGAUAAAAGCGAGGAUAUGAUGUACGCUUGCGCUAAAUGCCCGCAACGGUUCAAGUUUCUGUUUGCGCUGGUGAAGCACGUGAGAUGGCACGAGGAUGAGAAGAAGAGGGAAGAUGGGGCGGAUUUGAGGAAUUUAAGCAAUUUGGAGAGAGAACUCAUAUCAAUAAAGAACACAAGACUACAACUCACCAAGAAACAUAGGAAACAAAAACUCGAAAUAAUGGCUAGAAUGGCGAAAGCAGUCGGCGAUCUUACAGAAAUUAAAGGUCUCAGAAAUAGAAGACAGUGAAGACCAAGUGUUAUAAUAAGCCGUAUAAGUUAAGUUGUUAUUAUUUGUUUUUUUAAUACAUAGUUUUUCUACUUUA